ACAAAAAAUCGGAUAUGUCGAGGGAAAACGUGAGAAAAAUGUCACGCAAAUUGAAACACCCAAUGCCAAGGCAAGGUUGUCGAAUAACUACUGCAAUAAAAAAAAAAAACUAAAAUACACGUGUACCGUAAAUGUGUGCGCGCAUUUGUGAUCUCCGUGCGCGGAAACCAUAAACUUGCGGGACUUUGGACCGAACUUUUGUCCCACUCUUCCGUUCUCUGUCAACGAGAUUGCGUGUGGAAACGGGGUAUCGUGUAGUUUUUUUUGCAUCUGUCAUUUCAUUGACAAAGUCAUUCGGGUCGCCUGAAAAAAAAAAAAAAAAAAAGACAAUCCGACAACGAUGUUCUCUACGUGCCUCAGAACAACUUUGCGGACCUCCACCAACAAGUUUGGCUCGUUAGCGCGUUACGAGUCCACUUUGGUGAUUGCCGAACAUAACAAUGAGAAUUUAUUACCGAUCACAUGCAACACGUUGACAGCUGCCAGGAAGAUCGGUGGCGAUGUGACGGUAUUGGUGGCGGGAACAAAAUGCGAGACGGCCGCGAAGAGCGCUUGCAAAGCCAAAGGCAUAUCUAAGGUUCUUAUGGCGGACAGCGACGUGUUCAAGGGAUUCACCGCGGAAUCGCUUACGCCGCUCGUGAUCAAACUGUGCAAUGAUCACAAAUUCACACACGUGUUGGCCGGCGCGAGCGCGUUUGGCAAAGCUUUGCUGCCUAGAAUUGCAGCUAAAUUAGAUGUGUCUCCGGUGAGCGAUAUUAUCGACAUAAAGGCGCCGGAUACCUUCGUGCGCACCAUAUACGCUGGCAAUGCUAUUCUGACUCUCAAGUCUGUGGACAAGGUGAAGGUGGUGACCGUGAGAGGCACUUCUUUCGAGUCGCUGCCUCUGGAAGGCGGUGACGCCAAAUGCGAGACCGUCGCCGCUGUUGACGUACCGAAUCAAGUUCAAUUCGUCAAGCAAGAACUCAGCAAAUCGGACAGACCCGAACUAACGUCCGCCAAGGUCGUGAUAUCCGGCGGGCGUGGAAUGAAGUCGGGCGAAAACUUCGAAUUGCUUUACAAACUCGCGGACAAGCUGAACGCGGCGGUUGGCGCGUCCCGCGCCGCGGUUGACGCGGGCUUCGUGCCGAAUGAUUUGCAAGUUGGACAGACCGGAAAGAUCGUCGCACCUAAUCUGUAUAUAGCGGUCGGUAUCUCGGGCGCGAUUCAACAUCUGGCCGGGAUGAAGGACUCGAAGACAAUUGUGGCAAUCAACAAGGACCCGGAAGCUCCGAUCUUUCAAGUGGCCGAUCACGGAUUGGUCGCGGAUUUGUUCAAGGCUGUGCCAGAGCUCACAGAUAAAUUGUAAAAAAUUUAAUAUAAUCAAAUUUAAAUAGUAUUUUUGCAUCUUAAGAUUUGUAUUUUAUAUAUAAAUAGUUAAUUUCGCGUUGUAUCCAUGCCAAUACUACGUAAUAUAAAAAAAAAAAACUGUACAUAUAUAAUGUGAUAGAAAAGAAUUGUGCAAUUAAAAUCUUU